AUGGAGGUAGUCCAUGUCCUCCUCCAGAGUCGCCAGGCUCCCGAUACCAAUGCGAACGACGACAAGAACGUUGGAUCCAACAGAGACAGUGAUCCUUCGUUAUCUGGCCUCAUCUCUACACUCGUACCGACUCUCAUCCUCUCCGUCGCAUACUUCGCCAUCUUCCUGCUUCUGCGGACCAAGUUCCCCAGACAAUACGCGCCCAGGACGUACUUGGGUGCGUUGCGCCCACAAGAGCGCACUCCGGCUCCACCAAAUUCGCUGCUGGGAUGGAUUCCGUUCAUGAGGAAGUUGCCGGAUGAAUACGUUCUGCAGCACAAUUCCCUCGACGGGUACUUUCUGCUGCGCUACCUGAAAAUCUCGGUCGUCAUCUGCUUUGUUGGUUGCUGUCUUACCUGGCCUAUAUUGUUUCCAGUCAAUGCGACGGGCCAUGGUGGGCAGACGCAACUGAACGUUCUCAGUUUCAGCAACAUCGAAGACAAGGACCGUUACUAUGCCCACACGUUCGUCGCCUGGAUCUUCAUUGGCUUCAUCUUCUUCCUGGUCACCAGGGAACUGAUCUACUACAUCAACCUACGACAAGCAUACCUCACCUCAACCUUGUACGCUUCACGACUUUCGUCUCGCACCGUUUUGUUUCAGGCCGUCCCGAACGAAUAUGCGAAUGAAGCCAAAAUCCGCAGCAUGUUUGGCGAUGAACUGAAGAACGUGUGGAUCGCUUCAGACGCGAAGGAACUAUCCGAGAAUGUCGAUAAGCGAUACAAGCUCUGCAUCAAACUCGAGGCUGCCGAAACGAAAUUGAUCAAGCUCGCCAACGAUGCUCGCCUAAAAUAUGUGAAGGGAAAGGAGGCAGACACUGAGGCCCGCCAUGUCAUUGACCCUGAUGAAGAUUACGGAAACGAACCCGGAUCGGCUGCUGCGCGAUGGGUUAGACCUAAGGACCGACCAACCCAUCGUUUGAAGUUUCUGGUAGGCCAAAAGGUCGACACCAUCAACUGGUGUCGCGAGGAGAUUGCAAAGCUCAAUCCUCUCAUCGAUGCCGAACAGAGCAAGUACCGCUCUGGUGAAUCGACGCCCAAAAACGCCGUCUUCGUGGAAUUCUGGAACCAGACUCAAGCACAGAGCGCAUUUCAGAUGGUCGCUCAUCAUCAACCGCUGCACAUGUCCCCUCGUGUCGUCGGCGUGAGUCCGGAAGAGGUCGUCUGGUCAAACAUGGGAAUCACCUGGAGAACUCGCACCAUCCGCAACAUCGCUUCAUUGGCGUUUGUUACCGCCUUGAUCAUAUUCUGGUCGAUCCCGGUCGCUGUCGUCGGAUCCAUCUCCCAAAUUUCGUAUUUGACCAAAGUCGCUCCCUUUUUGUCCUUCAUCAACGACUGUCCCAAAGUCAUCUUGGGCGUCAUCACCAAUCUACUCCCCGUCGUUUUACUGUCGGUCCUGGUAUCCAUGGUUCCCGUCAUCAUGAAAUUCAUGGCCAAAAUCGCCGGCAAGCCUACCUUGUCUCUUGUCGAACUCCGCUGCCACGAAUCCUUUUUCUGGUUCCAGAUCGUUCAAGUCUUCUUGGUCACCACCAUGACAUCGGCCGCGAGUGCAGCCGUCCCGCAAGUCAUUAAGAACCCUGGGUCUGUGACGAGCCUGUUGGCCAAGAACCUUCCUCUCGCGUCGAACUUCUACAUCUCCUACUUCAUCCUGCAGGGCUUGGUAUUUUCCUCGGGCCAACUGCUCCGGAUCUCAGGCUUGAUCGUAUCCAACGCGUUGUCCAGAUUACUGGACAAAACCCCUCGAAAGAUGUACACCCGCUGGUCCAGCCUGUCAUCAGUCGGUUGGGGCACUACUUUUCCCGUCAUCGAGAUGAUGACGGUUAUUUCCAUCACAUACGCCGCUAUUGCUCCUCUCAUGCUGGGCUUUGCGACCAUUGGUCUCGGUCUCUUUUACUUCGCUUACCGAUAUAACCUGUUGUUCGUGGACAGUUCUACCAUCGACACCAAGGGGCUAGUCUACCCCAAAGCCCUACAACAUACCCUGGUCGGAUGCUAUCUCGCUGUCCUCUGUCUGAUUGGGCUCUUCGCCAUCCGAGCCGCUCCUGGACCUCUCGUACUCAUGAUCAUCUUUCUGGUUUUCAUGAUUCUAUACCAUAUCUCCCUGAGUUCCGCCGUGAAGCCACUGCUGCAUUAUCUCCCGCGAUCACUUGACGUCGAGGAGGCUGCACUGCUAGACGGAGAAUCUCCAAACAUGAGCGCGACGGCCGAACUUGACGGCCACGGCCGCGACCACGACAAGACCUACGAAAAGGACGCCAUCAACGAGCUCAGACGAACCAAGGACUCCAUGAGCCCGGGUCAAGGCAAGAACAGGCCCGUGUCGAAGUUGAAGAAGUUCUUCCGUCCCGACAUAUAUGCCAGCUUCGGCGUGCUGCGUAAAUUGGUGCCCCAGGACUUCGCCGAGAUUCGAUAUUCCCCUGAAGUCGAGAGGGACGCGUACCAGGACCCAGCAGUCAACGCCGCGCCUCCUUUGCUCUGGGUCCCCCGUGACGAGAUGGGCGUUUCGAGGCAGGAGUGUCUGCAUACCAACAAGGUGACGCCGAUGACUGACGAGGGUGCCUAUCUCGAUGAAAAGGGCAAGAUUGUUUGGGACGAGGAGGAGACUGGUGGCCGACCUCCGAUAUUUGAGGAGAAGAUAUACUAUUGA